CCGGGCUGACAUGGCGUGCUCCGGGCAGCGCCUGGGUGCACCCUUGGAAAUGACUCCUCUGCUGCUGGUGUUGGUGCUGCUGUCACUUCUGAAGUCGGGUGCCAGCUACAGCGCCUGCUCGUCGGAGCGCGCGUGCGUGGUCAGCCCGCCGCAGACGGGAGCAGUGCGGCGGGGCGCCUGUGUCGACAUCAGCGCCACCUGCCAGGAGCUCGACUGCAGCGCCGACCAGCCGUGUGCACUCGACCCGAGCGGCCAUCCCGUCUGUCUGCCAGCGAACGCGACGCGCGCGCCUCACUGCGGCUCCGAGGACGAACGGCUCGAGCAGCCCUGUCCAGAGGGCGCCACCCUGCUCGGCUUCGGGUGCGGCUGCACCUACUGCUCGGACAGCGAAACGACACCGUCACCGCCAACGCCGCGCGGAGAGCGCCAGGACCUGACGAGCAGGGCGUGCAUGCUUGUCCACAUGAGCGGGGGGAGUGUUAAGGAGUGCGCUGAUGUCGCAAGCCAGUGUCGCGAAAAGCACUGUCCCAACGGCACCGUCUGCGGCCUGAACCUGGAUGAAGAGCCGGAGUGCUUCCCAGCGUCGGUCAAAAACUUCAAGAACUGCAGUUCGGAAGAGCUCCGCCUGUCCCGGCCAUGCCCGGCCGACUCCAGAAUUCGUGGAUAUGGAGAGGAAUGUACAUUCUGUGUGGAUGGCAACUCAUCUGAAACAUUCGUUGACGAUCAGACACGAAAAGCAUGUGUCGUGAUUGACAUGGGUUCAGGGCAGUUCAAAACAGAAUGCAUUGACAUCAGCAGCCAGUGUCAGCAGAAAAGUUGUCCCAACGACACAGUUUGCGGCUUGACUCAGGAUGAAGAGCUGGAGUGCUUCCCAGCGUCGGCCAAAGAGCUCGAGAACUGCGGUUCGGAAGAGUUCCGCCUGUCCCAGCCAUGCCCGGCCGACUCCAGAGUCCGUGGCUUUGGACAAGGAUGCACGUUUUGUGUGGGUGGCAACUCAUCUGAAACAUUGGGUGACGAUCAGGCAGGAAAAGCAUGUGUCGUGAUUCACAUGGGUUCAGGGGAAUGGAAAAAAGAAUGCAUUGACAUCAGCACCCAGUGUCAGCAGAAAAGCUGUCCCAACGACACAGUGUGCGCUUUGAGCCCGGACGAGCAGCUGGAAUGUUUCCCAUUGUCGAGCGUGGGCUCCAAAAACUGCGGCGCGGAGGAUCUCCGCCUCUCGCAGCCGUGUCCGGAGAACGUGGACAUCCUCGGCUUCGGUCAGAACUGCACGCUCUGCCGCGCCUCCGGGCCGAUCCCGGCGCUGACUCGGGCGCCGACACCAACACCGACUUGGGUGCCGACGCCAGUGCAGAUUCGGACGCCGAAGACCACUCGUCCGCUCCCGGAGACCAUUGUCUGCCUGGUCCACAACGCGCGUUAUCGUUGCGUGGACAUCUCGAGACAAUGCAUAGAAAAGGCAUGUGGGCAGAACAAGGAGUGCGCGCUGACUGUGAAGGGGCAAGUCGUGUGCGUUAGCCGCAAAACGAAGAAUCGUCGCUGUGGCGCCGAGGAACAAUGGAGGCUGCAGCCGUGUGAGCCCGGUCUCGUGCCGCUGGCGUUCAGUAGCAAAUGCGCCUACUGCUUUCCCCUCGCGCAAACCUCGGUGCGGCCGAUAAUAUCGGUGACGGCCCGGCCGGCCACCCGGCCGCCGCGGCGGCCGGCCACCUCGCCGCCGCCGCGUCUGCAGGCCUGCUGGAACGAGGGCAACGCGGUCGUCUGUGGAGGCAUCUUGGCCAUAUGCCAGCAAAUGGGAUGUCCAGGGCCCAGUAGGUGCGUGUGGAAUGCGAAUGGUUACUUCAUCUGCUUGCUUAAGAGGAACCGGAUCGAGCAGUAUUCCCAGUGCACCGGGUAUGGACGGCAGGAGUUCCUGUGUCCGAGGGGAUGGCCGCCGCGAACGGCGCGGGUGUUCACCGGCCGCUGCACCAACUGCCCGCUGCAGAAGGCGAUGGCGAAGAUGGCGGUAGGGCACAUGGCUUGCUUGCCUCAGUCUGAUAAGGGAACGAUCUGCGUCGACGUCGCGGAAUGGUGUGCGUUGCGGCCGUGUCGCCAAGGCUUCGAGUGCGCGUGGGACGUGAGGAAGGGGAUUGCUUACUGCCUCUCGCAAAAUCAGCGAAGCAUGUUCCGCUACUGCGGCGACCAGCUGCAGCGACAGCGCCAUCCCUGCGGUAAAAGACCCUUCCGUAGCGUGCGGUUCUACGGACAGAAAUGUAACUACUGCAGCUGAUGUCCCGGGCCGCGCCGAGCAUGCGGCAUGGGAAUGCUUGCGGCUGUACGUUCAGACUGGGUACUUUUGGCUGCGUUCUGUAAGUCGGCGAGUUUAUGAAUGCAAACACGUUCCGAAAAAGCACGUGUCUAUUUUUGACUAACCAAGCUCUUACAGAUGUAACCUUUUCCAUCUUGAUGUGAUUCAUAAAGGAGGCAUUUAUAAUACAACUCAUGCAGAAAGAGGGCACAAUCGAAGCGCGCAUUGCAUUGGACAUUAUUGGGCCAUUCCACAUUAAUUGGGCUAUUCUUAGAUGUUUGCCAGCGGGUACACAGGCAUUCACAACGCAGCAAAUAUAAACAUACAGAAAGAUGAAUAUGACAGGUUACAAUAUUAGGUACUUUGAACAAUGUCAUAGGGCAUGGGUCUUGAACAUACGAAGAGACAAGUCUCCAAUGCCGUUGUUGAUGACACGCUCGUUGUGCAUGUACGUGGUUCGGAAAGCAUAAGCUUGCUUUCCGCGACUGCUUUUGGGGCGAGAAAGAGAUAGAUCACGAUGUUGUCUGGUACUUGUGUUCUCUCCCGUUGUUAAAGAUGGGCCUGGUAGCAGUGGUGCAGACAAAGACCGCCGUCAGGUUUGUUUUGCCCCACGUUUUGCCACACACAAAUUGACAAACAUACGUUAUGUGCAAAGGUCAAAGUGGGUGUAAUGCCCCUACUGACUAAUGGCUAAUUUGAUUGUGAAAUGCCAUUUUGAAUAUGUUGGGGUUCUAAUGCCCGUGUAGGGGAGAAAAGGGAGAGUUGCAUCAGUUUUUAAUCUGAACUCCUUUCCUGCAAUAACUACUGAGAAUAGUAUGAAGAUGAUGAUAUCUGCAGACAGCUAUAACGUGCAGCUUCAUAUGUAGCGUUACGAUUUUGUACUUCUAUCUGUUUGCUCGAAAUCCAUCUACAAAGUGGCUCUUCGGAUCUUCGGCUUGUUAUAACGUUCGCUAGGUUUCGUUUGUUGCAACACUCACUUAAUCGUUACAAAACAUUACACAAAUACUAUAAAACACGAUGCUGCGAAAUAUACUCUAAAACAAGACGUUACAAUGAUGUACAGUGCGACACUGCAAAAUGUAAUUUUAUGAAAUAUGGACGAAGUUGAACGAUAAAUCCAAGCCAUGUUCCAGAUUAACAGCAGCAGAUUACGUCAAGCCCAGAGUACACAUACAACGAUAAAUGAAAACAAAUCAAAAUUACCUAAGAUCCGUAUUGAUAUGUCAAGAUUACUGACGUACAUACAUAUGGCGCACAAUCACGCGCGUCACUACUAUGGGCUUAAGGAUAUGACCUUACAUUUGCGUUUUAAAAUGCAUGUUUUGCAUUUCUCAGGGACGACGGCAUAGGGAUGGUUGGAGGCAAGCGCUGACGGUUUCAAGUUGCCGCGGCACGAUAAGAAAAGGCUUGCUUAGUGGCCUCCAAUCGGCACCUGGGCAGGUGGAGACACAUCAACAUGGAGGAGCGCCUCUCCCUCAGUGAAACAGAGGAACGUAGCUUGAAAAAG